CUUGCCUCACAUUUCACUUCGCUUUGCAACCAGAACUGUACUGUAGUGAAGAGUCCGCAGCUGAACAGCCAAGAUGGGUCUACCAAUGCAGUUGAGAAACCUGACCUUUAGGUCAGGAAUGGAACUGUGUGUCAAAGGUGUUAUCCAAUCCUCUGUGAUUCGUUUCGCGAUCAACGUGGGCCACUCCAGUGACCUCAUCGCACUGCACUUCAACCCACGCUUCAACUAUGCUGGGGACGUCCGCACCAUCGUCCUGAACACCAAAAAAGAUGAAACCUGGCAAGAAGAGCAGAGAAGCAAAGAAUUCCCCUUUGAGGCAGGGCAGGACUUUGAGGUGACCAUUGUCUUCAACUCUGACACUUUUGACAUUUAUCUGUCAAAUGGCAGCAUGGUGCAGUUCCCCAACCGUCUGGGUAGCAUGGCAUACAAAUACAUUUCGUUUGGGGGAGAAGCCAGGGUCCGAGACAUAAGUGUGAGACCAUCUGACAAACCAACCAAGAAAUAGACAUCCCACUUCUGACUCCCGGUUGGCUGCUCGGCUCCCUGCUUCGAUCCCUGCAGAUGUGCUACAACUGCAUUUUGUCUGCACCUCCCAAACAUCAUGCCUUUAAUCUUUUGUUUCUCUACAACAUUGCGCUUCUGUCUGUACAAUCUCACUCAGCAUGGAAGUUAAUAAAUA